CGAGAUCAUCCCGCGAACCGCGGCGUUCGCAAGAACGCGGAUUGCUGUGCCUACGUCACGCGGAGUUGAAUUUCUAAUCCCGGUACCGGUUCCGAUUUUGUCCGCAGCACCAGCAUGGGUACGAAGCGCGGCAAAGAACACGAUUGUGCGACGAGUGGCACAAAGUGAACGAACAACCCGCGGCAGCAGCAGCGCGGUGGUGGGCUUGGAGUAACCGCGUACCAGAAAGGCGCUGAAGGUUGGCCUGUGCCAGCGCGAUCGAGGCAGCAGAAGCGAGACAGAGCAGCUAUCUAGGGGUGCGGGCGCGCAGUUCGCGCUACUCCCAGUUGCACUAGGCACGUGGAUGGCUGCGACGGCGACGAGCGGCGCGAGUGAACGACAGAGUACGUCCGAAAGUGUGUUCUAAGCCGGUGUUAAAUCGAAGCCCCGGACAUAGCGAAGUUGUCAGUUGGGCUGUACGGAUCGCUCGACUCACUCGAGGUUGUAACGGCGACGGCGCAGGUUUUUCGGACCAACGUUGGGAAGCCCCUGGGCCGCCUCCUGGGUGGAAAAACCUUCAAGUGACUUCAACGAGAAGAGAUUGUAGUGCGCCAACCGGAGACCACCUUAAAAAAAAAAAGAAAAAAGGAACGAACGAUAACCUUCAAAUCUACGCCACCCCGUGCAGCGGGUCAGCGUGUGAUCUUCGUGAAGUGAACUUCACCACCAAGAGGGGACCACCGUUUACGAACCUACGAACUUGUGCGAUGCGUGGUGUGUCGUGCGUAAUGCUGCGGCCAAACCGGCCCCGAUCGGUGCUCCUGGCCGCGGCGGCCGGUUGCUGCGCAUUGAUGCUGGCCCUUCUACCGCGCCCAUCCGCGGCCAACGACAAUCUGCGCGUCGCGUAUCAGUGGAGCGAAAUAGAUUUUGAGUUUUCUAACGACGCCGACCGGCAGGAGGCGCUCGCCACGGGCCGCUACAUCCCGGAGCACGUGAUACCGGUCGGGCUGGAGGUCUACAAAAAGCGGCUCUUUCUGACGCUGCCGCGCUGGAAGGAUGGCAUACCGGCGUCACUGGGCUACAUCAAUCUCAACGAAACCACAACACAAUCUCCGAAGUUACAUCCGUAUCCAAACUGGUCGGCCCAUCGGCGAAUAAGUGACGCCGACGCACCGGAAAUAGUGUCACCGUUCCGGAUACGCGCCGAUCGCUGCGGCCGCCUCUGGGUGCUGGACACCGGUGUGGAGGAGCUGCUGACAAACACAACGGUCACCGCCCCAACGUCGCUGCUGGUGUACGAUCUGAACAACGACAAUCUGCUCCGGCGGUACGCGUUUCCCGCGGGCCACAUUAAAGAAAACUCGUUCUUCGCCAACAUCGCCGUCGAGGAUGCGGUGUGCGAGGACACGUUCGCGUACGCGGCCGACCUCGGCAAUCCCGGGCUGGUGGUGUACUCCUGGGCGCAGCAGGAAUCGUGGCGCGUCAAGCAUCACUUCUUCCACCCGGAUCCGCUGGCGGGCAACUACAACAUCACCGGCAUCAACUUCCAGUGGGACGAUGGGUUGUUCGGAAUUGCGCUCUCGAAACCGCAGCCCGACGGCUACGCUACGCUGUUCUUCCAUCCGCUUAGCUCGCUGAACGAGUUCGCCGUCUCGACGAAGGUACUGCGCAAUCGCAGCGCCGCGCUGGACGCGAGCAACUACCACGAGUUCAAGGUGCUCGGAUCGCGCGGUCCCAACGGGCAGGCUGGGGUCGCCUUUCUCGAUCAGAAAACCGGCGUCAUCUUCUACGCCCUGCCGAACCUCAACGCCAUCACGUGCUGGAAAACCUCGAACCGGGCGUACACGAUCAAGUCGCUCGGUCGCGUCUACAUGAGCACCGUCGACAUGGUGUUUCCCAACGACGUCAAGGUGGACGACGAGAGCCGCCUGUGGGUGCUGUCCGAUCGGCUGCAUCAGUACAUGUACGAGUCGCUCAACCGAAACGACACGAACUUCCGCAUCCUCACCGCUACGGUGAAGGAUGCCAUCCAAAACACGGCAUGCGACACGAACAUUAAACCGCUGCCGGAUAUCAUCACCAACUUGGGUGACAUCCUGCGGCCAUCUACCGUGGCUCCGAAGCUGGCACCGAAGGGUGGUUCCAGUGUGGCGCCUACCGUUCAGUCCGCCGGCAUCAUGACUGUGCUGCUCGUUGCCUGUGCCACCGUUCGUUUCCUUCUCUGAGCGAAGAGUUAGGCCAUAUUCAGCAGGAGCAGCAGUGUCGUUGUCAUGUUAAUGUUUUAUCGUUGAAUUUUUAUCAGUAUUGCACACAACCGCAAGAAAAUGGCAGGAAGCAUUUGUCAAGGAGAGUGACGUAUCCAUCAGCAGUAGUACCUCGGCAAACGGGGAACGGGGAUAAAUGUCUGCGUGUCGGUGGCACCGCAACGAAGCGUUCCAGUAGCAUAAUUAUCUUUGAACCGUCCCGAAUCACCGUCCCGUUGAUUUCUGUAGUACCCUAGUGUGUAUAAUUUAUAUGUUCCAAACUUUUUGCCUUACGCUUUCACCACCGCGCCUUGCGUGCGCUCCGUAGUACCGUUCAUCUCGCGCAUCGCAUUUCCUAAAUUAUGCGGCACAUAUUGGCACCACAACUGUCAUAGCACAAAACCGACUAUCCCAAACCCGAGGCCAUAACCGUUGCAGCCUGUCCAACAAUGGUCUGUGAGCAGUUGUGUCAUAAUUGUUAAUUGUUAGUCAGCGUACCAAAAUA